UGGGAGCAGGUUUGGAUUAAAGCCGCGAUCAAACGCCGAGUCUGUGUUGCCGCGCCGGUCCAGCGUGACGCACAGAGCCAAAAAAGCGCACGGCGAGCGAAGUCACAUUGGAUUAGAGCCAGGGGCAGCAGAGAGGAAUCACCAAGUUGAGAUGCUGAGAGCCUUCAGUGUGUGAGAGGGAUGCUGCUGUCUUGCAGUUCCUAUGGACAAAGGAGGCUGCUCGUAAGACUCGGGAUCUGUUUCCGCGAACUGCAAUACAAGAAAAAGGUCAAGUGGAUGUACUAGUUUUCAGUCUGGCUUCGGCUCGCGGACAGUUUGUGAGCACAUUGCGUCCUGAGCUGUGCAUGGGAAGAGGAAAACAAAGCGCGCUCCGGACUGAAUCACCAACACCGACGUCUCUGGGUAAAUAAAUAUGACGGCUGGUUUUGACUGUGUCUUGGGUCUGCUUUUGAGCGACAACGUCGACGUGUGCAUCAUCGCAAACCUUGGAUGAAUUCUGCCGCGUGAUUACACAUUUUUCCUCCCUUUUCUUUGAUCUUUCUUUUUUUUUCUGGGAUAGGAGGAGACCUAAUCCAGGUGGCGCAUCUCUCCUCGGCCGCGCGUAAUGGGAGAAAAGUUUCGGACCUUGCAGAUGAGACGCACUCGCAGCAUCCCACCGACGACGCACUGGUGCUAAAAUAACAUGUGAAUCAGGCUUUUCGUCCGCGGCCGAUGAAGUUUUGAAGUGAAGUUUCACGAUCCCAGCAUGACUUGAAACACCCGCUCGGGUUAUCGGAAUUUCGCAUCCAAACCUUGACGCUCCAUGAACCGCCGGCUUGAUUUUUCCAAAGACGCGCAGACGGACAUUGAUGAAAUAGAGCGGAUUUCUGCCUGGUGCGGCAGUGCAUCGAAAGCCUGAUCCCAGUUUGAGCGAGAGCGAUCCCCCCUUUUGGAUGUCUAUGAUGUUGUGCCAGCUCGGUCAGAGGUGCGUGAUGGAGGUGGUGGUGCUGACCAUCCUGUCGUGGGUGUCCGUCUGGGCAGAGGAGAAGAUCAUAUUUGACAGACACGCUGUCUACUGGAACAGCUCCAACCCCAAGUUCUGGCAUGGAGAGUACAGGGUGGCAGUGAGUAUCAACGACUACCUGGACAUCUACUGUCCUUACUACGAGGGUCCUCCAUCCCACGGGCGCAUGGAGCGCUACAUCCUCUUCAUGGUCAACCACGAGGGCUACACCUCCUGCCAGCACAGGAUGCGCGGCUUCAAGCGCUGGGAGUGCAACCGUCCCAGCGGUCCUGACGGGCCUCUGCGCUUCUCAGAGAAGUUCCAGCUCUUCACCCCCUUCUCCCUGGGCUUUGAGUUCAGGCCUGGACACGAGUACUACUACAUCUCGUCUCCUCACCCAAAUCAUGUGGGGCGGGCAUGUCUAAAGCUGAAGGUGUAUGUCAGACCUCCAGAUGGGUCGGGAUACGACUCCCCGGAGCCCUUCCUGACUGAUGGAGGCCCAAACUGGAGGCCAGGGUCCGUGGCCCUGUUAGCUGCUCUGGCCUCGCUGCUCCUGGGACUCUUCUCCUGGCUGUGACCACCCGCUUCCUGGAGCUCCCACCCAGGGCUGCUGGGCUGGGCUGGCUGUCCCUCUAAAUCCACCACCCCUCAGGGAAGCCCUCUGUCUCCGUCCCCCUCCCACCGCCACCUCUAUGCUACCACCAACCACCCCCACUGCCAGCCCCCACCGUGGUGCAGCCAUGGACACCAUCCCCAGGCCUGGCUGAGGGUUGGGUCGCCGGUCUUGAGCUCUCUGGGAAGCUGUCCCAAAUCUCUGAUCCAACUCUGGGUGGAACGUGGACGUGUUGCACCUCUCCGCUGGAAAACACACGGGGAAUCUCUUUGCACUCAUCUGAGGGGGUCCUUUGAUUUGACUAUUGACUCUUGGCCACCGAUGGGGUAGAUAUAGCUGUGGCUAUGAUUAAACUUGUCGUUUUGAUGCAAUUCCUAUCAUCUAAUCACGCCAGGACGCAUUAAACGAUAGGCCUGGAUGCACAAAAAUUGGAUUUUGCUCACAUUGCUAACCGAUCCUCAAAGGAAGAAUUGGAAGUGGCCAAGCUUGCAUUGUAAUUGGAAUUCUAUACUGUCUGGAUGCAGUCCAGCCACAACGAGCAUAUGAACAAUGUAAUGAGACGGAGGGGGAAAAGUGUCCAGGCCUGUGGGGGAAAAAAAAGUAGAGCAAAAGCAGAGCAGGCUCAGAUUUAAAUAAAUAUGGCUAUUGGUGACCUGUAAUAUUAUACAUGUUGAUAUUUUCAGGUGUAGACGCACAGCUAUGAGAUGUAAUAAUGAUAUAAUUUGAUGUGUAUGAGCAACUCGAAUAUCACACCUGAAUUGACAAGUGUAACCAUAGCCUGUACCAGUGGGAGGGCAGGGUGUUCAGUGUGUUG